AUGAAGUAUGUUUUACGGAAUCAGGGUUGGGUCUAUGAGCUCCGAAAUAAGUUUGGUGAUAACCAUAGCGUAGAAUUCAGAUGUGGUGUGGCUUCUGUGCGACCCUGCAUUCCUCCAUCAAUUUGGACCCUAGGAUGUACCAUAUUCGAAAUCAUCGGUAGUGGGGGCCCCUUUAGCACCUUAGGUGGAGGCAUACUCCAGGACCAAGCGGAUGGUCACUCCGGAAUGCUAAUCGAUCUGGAUCUUGCCAAAGAAGUCGGUAGCGGGCGAAGCGGCGCACGGCACCAGACCGGCACGAUGGAGUUCAUGGCGAUCGAGGUGCUGCUUAAUAUCGACCAUACCUAUCGGCACGACCUCGAGUCUUUCCUUUACGUGCUUAUCUGGCAGUGCGCCCGACAUGGCUGGGGGAAGAAUAACCAUCCUAAGGAUAGUAAACUUCGUGCCUGGUAUACUGGUAACUAUGAGGACAUUGCAAACGCCAAGCUUGGCCAUAUGAGCAAAGCUGAAAAUAUGGGAUUCGGGUUCAUUUUGAGGGAGUUCCCUCCAAAGUUCCGUGGUGUUUUAACGCUUUGCGGGGCCCUACGAGACAUACUCUUUCCUUACAAUGACAAAGGUCUUAUUGUUGGCACUCCCCAAGACCCAAACCGCUUAUACGAUCCUAUUAUUAAGGCAUAUGAUGACACGAUCGCCCAAUUUGAACUCAAAAACCUCACUAGCGAUAAAUCUGUUUAG